AUGACCAAGACCGUCCCUGUGUCGUUGGAACCCCAUGAGCAAUUGGCGACGUUCGCCGCUGGAUGCUACUGGAGCGUGGAGCUCAACUUCCAGCGCUUGGAAGGCGUGGUUGAGACCCAUGUCGGGUUCAUCAACGGCUCGACCGUCAACCCGACGUACCGUGAGGUGUGCAAGGGCGACACUGGACAUGCUGAAGCCGUUCAAAUCAAGUUUGACGUCAACACCAUCACGUACAAGGAACUGUUGGACAAGUUCUUCUCGAUCCAUGACCCUACCACCCUCAACCGACAAAAGAACGAUGUGGGCACGCAAUACCGCAGCGGCAUUUACUACCACAACGACGAACAAAAGGAAGAAGCGGAAGCCGCCAAGGCAGAACGUGGCCAAGUCACCAAGACUGAAAUCGUCACGGAGAUCGAGCCCGCAGGAACGUUCUACCACGCCGAAGAAUACCACCAAAAGUACCUGGAAAAGGGCGGCCAAUGCGCGGCCAAAAACUCCACCGAUCAAAUCCGUUGCUACGGCUAA